AUGCUCGAGAACACGACGAUAGCGGAAGAACCACAACGGAAUAGUAAACCAGCGUGGAAGCUACCUGGCUGGGCUGAGCCAUUGAUGGUUAUGACCAUUAUUUUCGGGGCCAUGUUCGUGACAAGAAAGAGGGGGAACCGGGUGUUCAAAGGAAGGUCUGGUGUAUACAAGUCAGCUUUGGACGGCGACGAUACUGCUUGCUCAUCAGAUGAGCUCUUGGAUCACGACGCAUGCAACGAGCACGAUGCGCAAGAGACUCUAAGCACGACAAAGCAUCUGCCCAAGAUACGAACAUUGCUCUGCCUCAGCGUCAAGACGCCCAACACCGCUCGAUUCAAGAACAACCUCCACAGUCGCGUGCUGCAAAGAUUCCCCUUCUUGGUCGAGAUGUUCUACUGGGUCAUCAACUAUGCGUUUUAUCGUAUGACGGCAAUUUUGUCGCAAAAGCUGUUUGCGGGGCGAGGGAUUUGGACAGUAGCUGAGAGCCAUGGGCUUGCCAUCCUAGAUUUCGAGCAGCAUGGACUUCUCAGCCAUAUAUUUUCUCGUGAGCUGGACAUACAACAGUGGUUCAUGCACGACCAUCAGGACGCUUUGACUGCUUUGAACAAAGUAUACGCAUAUAUACACGUACCUGGAACAGUAGGCUUCAUCGCAUGGUACUAUUAUGUUGCACCAUCACAUUCAACGUUCGCAACAGUACGUCGAACCAUGAACUUGACUAACUUCAUGGCCUUCACGACGUACGUCGUAUAUCCCUGCAUGCCCCCUCGACUGCUGCAAAAAGAGUACGGGUUUUUGGACACUGUCAGGCAUGACGAUGCACAAUCGGUCUGGAUGAGCGGCAAGUUCGUGAAUAGUCUCGCAGCCAUGCCAAGUGUACAUUUCGCGUAUGCCUUUGCCAUUGGUUGCACUCUGAUCUACCAUUCCGGAAUCCCGCGUAGAAAGCCAGAGUACGGAGAGGUGCGCAAGUCAAUAGCAUGGAAGGUCUGGUAUCUUGUCCUGGGAGUUGGGUAUCCGACGAUGAUUUUGACUGCCAUUGUGGCGACAGCAAAUCAUUACUUCCUUGACGCUUUGAUCGCGGCGAUAUACGUAUUGUCGGCGUUCGUGAGCAACAAGGUGUUUUAUGUAUUUAUUCCUCUCGAGGACUGGUUUCUGUGGGCGAGGGCGAUACGGGUAGAGAAGCCGAUUGCUAGUACUGGCGAGAGCUUCAAGGACUCGAGCCUUUACAUGUAG